AAAGAGGACCGAACUCGUAGACGCUGGCAAGAACUCCGUGCGUUAGCCUGGGGCAUGGGGUGUCCGAUAUUAAUGCUUUAUUCAACAUCCUAAAGUUGACUGUGUAUUUUGACAAAUAGGUUGAUUCACCCCAAGCUGUUGUCCAAGGAUGCUGGAAGAGUCAGAACAGACAAACUGUAUGGUGUGCUGCUGUACUCUCAUCAACAAAGUCCUGAUGAUAGUUUUCAUGAUCCUGCUGAUACUCGCUAUCUUGUUCGGAAACUCGGUGACGCUCACCGUUAUCCUUGGCACAAAACACUUCCACACCCCACAGGGCUAUCUAAAAGCGUCGUUGGCAGUAGCUGACCUGGCUGUGGGAAUCUUUGUUGUGCCCUUCUCCGUUUACGCUGAAGUGUCUUUUAUGAUUCCUGAUUACACGCCAGAAUGGACAACGAAUAAUUCGCUGACCACUACAUUUCACCCUUGCAAUUUUAUUGGUCCUACGUUUGCUGGCUGCACCCUGGUCUCUAUCACAACUAUAUUCCUCCUCACCAUUGAACGCAGCAUCGCAGUUUUGAAACCGCUGCACAAAGAGUCUGUGAUCACAAGGAAAAGGACAAGCAUCUUCAUCGUUCUAUCUUGGGUGGGAAGUUUCUUUUUGGCAGUGUCUCCUAUCCUCUACAGUAAUGACAUUGUCCUGGAGUACAACCCAUGCAGCAGAAUGUGCAACUAUGCGAUAAGGUCUGGCGAACAUUCGACUCAAGCAUGGAAUAUUCUUUUAUUGUUCCCUGCUUUCGAUUUUACUCUCCUUGGGGCCACUGUGAUCAUUAACAUUCUGUCACUCUCCUCCAUCCGCCAACAUUCUAAAAGGAGGAAGCAUUUAGCCGAAGCGGACUGUAAGAGCGUCAACACUCCCACGUUCUCCGAUGUCAAAGCUGCUAAGACUAUAGGAACUCUGACAUUGGCGUUCACCGCUUCGUUCACUCCUAUUGCGGUCUUUGUUGUCGGAAACGUCGUCGGGAAUGAAUGGUGCAAUUUUUCUUUUUUCGCCUUCUGGAUAUUGGCUACAAACAGCUGCUGGAAUGUAAUAAUAUACAGUGUACGAGAUCAGAAGUUUAGAAAUCGCGCCCAGCAGUUGCUAGUACCUUCACACAUGAGGAAUUCAUCAAACACGUAGCAGGCUAAACAAGGACAGGUGUUGCAUGGACCAAAUAUUACAAAAGAUAAAAAUGUAUAAAGACUGCAUGAAUUGCAUAUUGAGAAAAUACUUCUCACGUGUUGCCUUGCACUCUUAGCAGCAGUUUAUGAAUAGGAAGGGGACUAUUAUUAUUAUUAUUAGUAGUAGUAGUAGUAGUAAUAGCAGCAGCAAUAUAAUAAUAAUAAUAAUAAUAAUAAUAAUAAUAACAAUGAUAAACAAGAAAAGAAACAGAAAAGAAAAUAGAAGGUCAUGGUUGCAUGAACAACUAAAACGAGGCGUUGUUAUUACUGAGCAGAUAAAGUGUAACAGUAUUAGACAAACAGUGCCAUUCUUUUUAGUUGGAUGACGCAUACUUCAGUUGGCUAAACAACAUGCUAGCCUAGAAGGGUUUAGUUUGCCAGUCAAAAUUAUGAAAAAUACAAGUGGCAAACAGGUAGGGAUCCAAGGCACCUUUGAUGGUGAAGUUACAAGCCUUUAUUGAAACAUGGCAAGAAACGUACUGUAUCUACGCGUUGCGUCCUCGCAUGGCCUUCAUUAGGGGUCCAGAAUCAUACGGAGCACAGUGUUGUAUGUUCAUUACCAUAAAGUAUCCUUCACAUUUGCAAACAGACUAAUAGAAUAACUGAAUAAAAAUGGGAGUGACACGAGAGACAGAGAAAAAAGGUAUGAGAUGUUCACAAAAACAUGUUCAAGAAAAAUCCUCGGUAAAGUAGUUGCUUUUAGUCGGUAAAUUCAAUACACUUCGCGUUGUAACAAACGUCUUGUGUCCGCCUCUUGUGGAGCAAGUUACUGCUCCAAUAGUCACUACUUUAAGCAAAUCAGGGUCGCAUAUUUGUGUUCAACGACUCGAUCUCUGAGUUUGUUUGUCCAAUAUAAAAGCAGUCACACCUGCCGCACUACAGGCGGUAAAUUAGAAAAGCAGCAUUGCAAUUGCGAAAAUGUUUAUUAAAAAAUAAAAAUAAAAUAAAAAAUCGACAAACGAGUUCGUUUUCCCCGUAUUGAUGCAACGAUUGCGAUUUCCGCACGGAAAGUUACCUGAUGGUUUCUGCAGCCAAGUGGUCUUUGUUGGAGCAGGUAGAUUGCUCCGGACCAAUUUGUCGUUCAAGGUCGGCACUCGUUUAAAACUGAACACUGGAGGUUCUCUGAAGAUUCCCCGCGGUGCAUGAUUGCACUCAGUUAUUCCCCAGUUACAUUUUAUAAUGUUCUUAAUCGUCCAUGCCUACUUGGUUUUAAAUGUGCGUUUUCUUUGAAUAAAAAGUACUUUAUUUGGAGGUGAGGGGUGCACAUUUCUGUCAGAAAAACAAGAGGAUGAGACCAUUGCUUCACGUAUUUCUUUUGCUUAUUCACAGGGAUAACUAACUUUGGAUUCGAGUAGGAGACGUUAUAACAAUGGGCCUCAUUUGAAGUUGAUCAUAAAUCGUUUGUAAAUGCAUUCGCAAAGUUUUAGUAUGUCAGAUUGUUCGUAGGAUCUGAACAGAUUUCAAGUGUGCUCUAAAUGGUUUCUAAUGUGUAUGUACAUAAUAAUAAAUAUUUAAAAAAUGGUUGUAAAGAA